AAAAGUUUCUCAAAACCCAGACGGACAAGCUCAUCCAGUAGUAAUGUUCGCAGAGUUGCAUUGUGUGGCAGACAAUAUCAUGACAGGUAACGAGAGUUAUGUGAACGGGAUUGUAGAAAACAAGGUUGGAUCAGUUUGGGAGCAGAGCACGGUAGGAGUUAAGACUAGUGUGUUUCCCCAGCAGGACGAGGCUCCAGCUACCAUGCACAUAAACACUAACCGGGGGCCGGGAGACAAUCAGGGUAGCGGGGACUCAGGGUUUAGGGGUCGAGUUAAUGAAGAACUCUUGGGGGUCUCACUUCAAAUAGCAACGCAGUACGGGGGGCACGAUAGAUACGAGAUGGGCAGAAUCCAUAAACAAGUGCCUGGCUACUUCUCGAGACAAGUACAGCAAGAACACAUCGGGAGACCGCACGAACAGAGAAAACACUUUGGCCCCAUUCCGCGACAGUACAGCACAGGGGACUCUAUAGGGUUCGGUGGCAGUAGUCCUAAUUAUAACAUUAUAUACCACAGACGGCCUGGUGUUGUAGAUCGAGAUGUAGUUAAACUGACAGGUGGCCACUAUCCUGCUUCAAAGAGUAAUGGGACAAAUGUCUGCUUUGACACAUAUCUAAAGACUCGAGUCAGCGACGGGCAGGCAGACUCCUGCCAUCAAACUGUGUACAACUACAAGGCAGAGAACGCGCAGAGGUCAAUAAAUGAUUUAAAAGGCAAGGCAAAAUUGCAUCCUGGCCACAACCAGAUAUUGGAAACAAACGUUACAACUAACUGGAUGCAAAUGUAUCCGCUGGGUGCCCUAUGUGGACAUCAUCCGACCGGUAGUUACACCGAUGACAACAUUGUUAUUAGAGACAUCGAGAGCUACGGGAGCUCGCCUGAAUUUACCGGGGACAACAUUAGGGUGACACAUUUGCAGAGCCCCACAUUCUUCCCCACUGAAUUGGAGAUAUGCGACGUAAACGUGGCUUCCCAUUUCAUAUGCGCUAGAGAGGGAACACUCCGACACCACUCUAUAGAUAGCGAGGAUGGCGAUUAUUAUGAAAACGAAAUUCUCCCCUUUUACAUAUCGGAGUCAGUAGGACCAAAUGACAGAAAGGGCUCUGAUAAAGUAGAAAGCAUAGAGUCGGGAAUAGAUGUUCCAAAAGGGCAAGUCAUCAGCGACAGUGUGCAGGAGACAGACAGACUACAUAACCAGUUGAAAGAGGCAUAUUACCUACUUAUAAACGCCAUGCAUGAUAUUCGUUUUGAUGGGCAGGUCAGUGUCAACGGGUUUAUAGAUCAGAAGAGCAUGUGCUCGUGGUCGUCCUUCAAGCACGUGGGCAGUGAUGCUUUGUCAUCUGGAGAGUACAGUGCCCAACAGGUGUCUGACAUGGACUCGCUCCCAUUGUGCCUGCUGAGUGAAAAUAAUAAUUAUUUCAUUAGCAAGAGCCUUGUGAACCUAUCUGCUAGCAGGAUUAGGCCCCCCUUACUGCGAUCCGCUAGUGACGGAACUAUCAAAUACUCCAGUGGUGUGCACAACGGGCCCUGUAUCCAGGGCCUCGGUUCCCAAAGCCCUUCGGUUGUUGGGGCCUGUGAGGAUGGGGAUGGAGCAAAUAGGCUGAAGGCUGUUGGAGCCUCUGACCCAUUUGAGAAACAGACAAGCUACGAUGGUGGCACGAGCAGCGACGACCUGCUCCAAGACACCGGUGACAAUGGCAAGUUAAAUGAGAGUAGAGGCUCGGUCAACAGCCUUACCGGGUCAUCCGACAAUGCAGAAACCCAGCAGGGUGGUAACAACAAUCGAGACAGAGAGAUGAGCGGUUGGACUCUGGACCAGGGAGGCUCUGCCAAGCCCCACGGUGUCACCGUCAACAAGAUGCAGGAGUGGAUGCACAAAGGCCGCCUACUGUCAUCUGAGAUGAAGCAGCGCAUCGCAGGGUCCACGCCCCAACCCCACGGUGCUCAUGGUGGCCUGGAUAGGGCACCACGGCCCAGCCAGGGCCAGGUCAGCUCAGGGCCAGGUGGCUCUAAACCAGAAGCCCUGACGACCAGAGUUGACAGGGCUAAACCAGCCGAAUUGGUCUCAUGCCAGGGCCAGGCAACACAGAAGUCAGCUCUGAUAGAAAAUGACCACUCCUCCUUCUCCAACGGCCUUGAUGUGGGCGGGGGCAAGGCUGUCGAGACGUCGCUAUGGAGACCCCCGCUCAACACCAUCACUGUCUCCAAGAAACGUAACUGGCUCCAGCAGAGCUCUGGGAGGCCGCAUCACGCCACGGACGACCCCCAGUACCUUCUGGGAGCAGAGGAAUACAAUGGACACGGACAAGCUCCACUCCCCCCUCUAAGCCCCUCCCCAGAGAACCUAAACCCUCCCGGGCCAACCCUAUCCCACCCCCUCCGCCUACACCUGCCCCUCGUUAGAAUGGGCCACGCCCGUGUGGCGCCUCGUUCCAGGUGUGUGGAACCGACUGAGGAGAAUGAUGCGGACGAUGAGGGGGAGAUCUGGUACAACCCCAUCCCUGAGGAUGAGGAGCCAGAGCUGCAUCACAGCCACAGACCCACUCCCACCCCCCAGGUCAGGCUGAUGGUCCAGACACGGACCCAGGAUCCUCACGUCCCCCAGACCCAGAGGAGGCCCAGUAGGGGAGACGAGGUUGGGGUCAGGCGGGCACUUGAGGGAUGCAGCCCUAACCUGGAGGGUGUGGGGGAGAGCAUGGGUGGCGGAGGUGGAGAGCGGAGUCACCAGGGCAUUGCCAUACGUUGCAUGGGGCCGUCUCUACAUCUGCAAAGACAGAUGCUGCUCGCGUGCAAACCUCAGGAGUGGCCAUCCAGUUCCAGCAGAGCCACAGCUACAGCAGAAGCCCCUGACCUGGCCAUCCCUGGCUUCCCGCCGCCCUCCAGCCUCAACCCUGGCAAAAAGGGAAGCUCCCUCAACUGGUCAUUCCCGGACAAGAUCAUGUCCCCACGCACUGUCAGGAAACUCUCCAUGAAGAUGAAGAAGCUUCCGGAACUCAGCCGCAAGCUCAGCAUAAAAGUGACCAGUAGCAACAACAACAGCAGCUGCAACGGAGCCAGCGAGAGCAGCAUCUUAGAGACAAGGACCCAGUGUCCCAAAACCAAUUACGGAUCAGAACCAGGCCCGGCUCCCCCCAGGUUGUCCCCAAGGGGUGGGCAGGGGGCGGCGGCUAGCCAUAAUGUGAUCUCGAGGUAUCACCUGGACAGCAGUGUGUCGACCCAACAAAGCUACAGCAAGAAGAAGAGCAGCGGGACCUCCAAGUCGGCUAGCAAGGGGGGCUACCUCAGUGACGGGGACUCCCCAGAACUGGUGGCCAAGUCUGGGAAGCACGGGUCCUCAGAGGCCAAGGGAGUCAAUGGGAAGGAGAAAGACCCAGCCACUGGAGGAGGAGAGAAAACAGGAGCUGGAGGAGUAACCGGAGGAAGUGGCAGCCCCAAGCUGCACGGCACAGAACUAGACAUUGACGCGUUCCGCCACUACGCCUUCACAGAACAGCCUAAGUGCACCCAAUACAUCUCGGGCCUGAUGAGCCUGCACUUCUACGGCGCUGAGGACCUCAAGCCACCACGCUUCGACUCCCGAGACGUCUACUGUGCCAUCCAGGUGGACUCGGUCAACAAGGCACGCACUGCCCUGCUCACCUGUCGGACCACCUUCCUAGACAUGGACCACACCUUCAACAUUGAGCUGGAGAACGCCCAGCACCUGAAGCUAGUGGUGUUCAGCUGGGACCCCACACCCAAGAAGAACCGGGUGUGCUGUUACGGCACAGUGGUGUUACCGGCACUCUUCAGGGUGACCAGGAGUCAUCAGCUGGCGGUGAAGCUGGAGCCUCGAGGCCUGAUCUACGUGAAGCUGAACCUGAUGGAGCAGUGGCAGAACUCCCUGGAUGGAGGCUACAAUGGGGACCGGGAGCCACAGAUGUUUGGGGUGGAGGCCUGGAGGGUGGUUGUGAGGGAAAACACAGGACUCAUGCUGCCCCUGCUCAUCGAGAAGUGCAUCACGGAGAUCGAGACGAGAGGCUGCCAGGUUGUGGGCCUCUACCGUCUGUGUGGCUCAGCAGCAGUAAAGAAGGAGCUGCGGGAGGCCUUUGAGAGGGACAGCCUAGGAGUGGAGCUCUGUGAAAACACUUACCCUGACAUCAACGUCAUCACAGGUGUUCUGAAGGACUACCUGCGUGAGUUGCCCUACCCACUUAUCACUAAGCACUUGUAUGAGACUGUGUUGGACUCUAUGGCUCAGAGACCUCUGCGUAUCGGAGCAGGAGGAUGUGAAAAUGACCCGGCAGACACAGAACACACCGUCAGUCUCCUGGAGAACCUGCCAGAGGUGGAGAGGUUGACCCUGCGGAGGCUGCUGGACCAUCUGAAGCUGGUGGCGUCACACCAUGAGGUCAACAAGAUGACGUGUCAGAACCUGGCGGUAUGCUUCGGCCCCGUGCUGCUCAGCCAACGCCAGGAGGCCAGCUGUCAUAGCAACCGGGUCUUCAUCGACUCGGAGGAGCUGGCCAGCGCCCUACACUUCAAGAAACAUAUCGAAGUGCUACACUACCUGCUGCAGCUAUGGCCAGUGAUGGACCCACAUGACAAGACCUCGUCCCCCAUCCCGAAGCCCCCCGGCCCAGCCGACCAGCUGGCCGUUCCCCCCCUGCGUCGGAGGAAGGAGCGCCCCCAGGUGCUGAACUUGAGCGAUGCAGAGAUGGCCGGGGUGCUGCGGCCCAGGCCGGGCCGACUGGACAGCCCUAGCAACCGUUACGCCGGGGACUGGAGCCGCUGUGGAGAGAGCUACUUCCCCCCUCCUCGGUCCCGGGAGGAGAAUGACUCUGCUGAUGUUCCUUCUGAGGAUAUGGAGGUCACUGAAGAUGAACUGGAGGGGGUAGAGGACAAGGGACAGGAAGGAGGAGAGGAGCAGAGACAGGAAUGGUUACUGGACAGGGGACAGGCAGAGCCAGCCACAGCCGAACAGGAGCCCCCGCUACCCGAGGAGGUGAUAGAAGGACCUGUAGAAGUGGAGAAAGAGGAGAGAGAAGCAGAGAGGAGAGUGGAGGAGAGCGAAGCAGAGAGGAGAGUGGAGGAGAGCGAAGCAGAGAGGAGAGUGGAGGAGAGAGAAGCAGAGAGGAGAGUGGAGGAGAGAGAAGCAGAGAGGAGAGUGGAGGAGAGCGAUGGCUCCAGUGGCGGUCAGCCGUCAGACAACAGGGUGUGUGAGGAUGAUGAUGAUGAAGAUAAGCGCAUCCUGCCCCUCCACCUCCCCAAAGAGCACACGUACCAGGCCUACAUGAAGAUCCAGGACAUCAGCCCCGUGCUCAGCAACAAGGUCAACCUGCGAGACCUGCAGGAGAGCAUCGACACGCUUAUAGGCAACCUGGAGAGAGAACUCAACAAGAACAAGCUCAACGUCGGCUACUGACGCAACACACACGCAGCUCAACAGGCUACUGACUCAAACACGCGCCCCCAAUGGUGGGGGGGGCUUAACUAUUAGGAGCUCAAGACUUGAGUUGUUGGGGUUCAGGAAUUGGGCCCCAGGGUUGCCGUGGUGAAUCCAUGACGACACAGUGGCAUGUGCACCAACAGUAUUGUUGACUUGUUUCUGUUUGUUCUUGUCCGGUUGUGUGUUUUGUUGUCGUUGUUGUUGCUUCUCUUCUUAUUAGAAGAACCCAUUGACCCCCAGGGGUGUAAACAGUGCCUUAAUUGUGUGAAGGUUGGACUUUAAGGCAGGGGACAGCUCUUCUAUUGAGGUACGAUUAUGAUGUACAACAAUGCACUUAGGAGGCAGGCUUUAUUGUAUAGUAGAUGACGUUUAGGUACAGUAUAUGGUGCACGCAGUAUGGCUGGCUAUGGACUGGGAGGAAAGCCACCAGCUAGCGGCUAGCCCUCUGAACCCGCCUCCUCCUGGGGCACGAGGACAACGCUGCUGGGCUCUGUCGAAUGGGCAGAUGGAGCCUGAUAUAGACCCACAGACCCUAUCAUAUACAAAGUCACAGACACAGCUGCUUGAAUACGAUGGAGAUACACAUAUAAAUGAGGAGAUACGGGUGAUUUAAGUGUUUCUCUCUACUUGCUAGAACACGCAGAGUAGCUAAUCUAAAGCAAAUAAAAGAGGGAUAGAAAAAUGAUUUAAUGUAUUUGAAAAAAUAAUCUGUGAAUAUGAUGACAUUGAUGACAUACCUUCUCCCCAACCUCCUACGUGAUCUAGAAACAGACAGUGAUCUCUUGCGGGUUUAAAGAGGCAAAAGCCAAAUAUGGGAAACGUAUGUACGGUACGUACUGCCUGAAGAACAGCAGUUCCCAUGUUUCAUAGAAACAGUUAGUUUGAAAAGGGCUACAUUGAGGGCUAUGAGAGUCCGCUACCUAAAUACAUCGAUAGAAGCAAGUUUUCAGCAAUCCAGGGAUUCAGAAUGACCAGUAUUUAACAAAUAUAUGUAUAUAUCAAUGUUUUUGGAGUAUAUUAUUUUUUACAGCUAAUAUAUAUUUCCAUACAGGCAUAUUACCUUGUAGUAUGGAUCUAUAGAUUGUAACUGUCUCAGACUAUAUGUUGUGUUGCUUUGUUUCCUCCCCCUCAAGCUACCUGUACACAUCUUAAACGUGCUGGACUAAUGGUACUUGCAGGAUAAGAGAUGUUGUUAUUUUUGUUAAUUUCUUUUGUACAUAUUUGCCAUCUGUUUUUGUCGCAGGUUAGUCUGAGCUGUGUACAUAUUUGUGUUUUAAAGGUACUGAUGAGCAUUGUUGCAUGGUCAAAAGCUUUAUUACUGACAUAAACAAGUAUAUUUCCCAUCUACCCUGAUGAUCAUAUAUUUAUGUGUACAUACAGAGAUGAUUUAAAAUGUGUUCCUUUCCCACUUUUUUGUCAUCUAUUUGGCAGCUGCUCACGCACGCAGACGAACAACAAGGUUGUUCAAACUGACAUUAAAUUCAAAUAAUAAAACAAAGGGAAAUCGUUCAGUUAGCUAGCUAAUCCCUGAGGCGAUGGCAGUGCAGUCGUUUCUGAUGGUGAUGGGAAAACUAUCCAGUGUCAAGCUGUGGCUGUGUCUGAAAGGACACCAUAUUCCCUACAUAGUGCACUACUUUUGAACAAAGCCCUACAAGCCAUUACAUAAGUAUGUUUUUCUGGUUGAAAUUCUGGUCUGGCACUGGUUCCUUACCUCCGGGCAUGGAUGGCGUGUGGACUGGAGGUUCAGUUUGAAAGGUUCAGCAGAGUGCCAGUAGAGUCGAACAGCUGUUUAUCACUUACACACUCACAGGCGACUAAGCUAGUCAAGCAUCGUCUCUGUCUCUUUUCACUCUCUAUGAGCUGCCUUCUCUUCUUUGUACUGAUCUUGAGAAAUGUAUGGUCAUAUUAAAUUAUAUAUUUCACGUG